AUGCUGCGGCGCCUCGUGGUGGUCGCUAUGCUCGCGUGCGCGUCAGCGUUCCAUGCUCCCUCCUUCCUCCCUCCCUCCUCAGGUCUCCACAGAAAUCUCCAUACCUCCUCCAUCUCUCCUUCCAGAGGCUUCGGGAAAGCCAUCCCUGCCGCGUGCCCUGGAAUCAAGUCAAGGGCUUCACGGGCCCUCGUGGCUCCCAGGAUGGAGCUGGAUGAUUCGACAGUAGCAGGAGCCAUUGCUGCGCUCGCCGGUAUCGGCGUUGCUGUGGGAGGGAUCUACUUCGUUGAGCAGAGGGCAAAGACGAGUUCGUCGGGGAUGAGCGAACAGCUGUACACGAAGCUCGCCUCCAAGAUGGACGGGGCCGACGCUGAGAACAAGUUCAGUGGAUCGGAUCAGACCUUGGAGAGCCUGAUCGCAGGCAUGGAGGAAGCACAGGCAUGUGUCCUUGCUGCCUUGAGGAUGACAUCUGAUGACCUGAUGUUUUGA